CAGCCAUUGUCAAUUCCAACCCCACCCUUCCAAGAUCACUGGACUUUAUCAACUGUUAAGAGUUCUUGAACACAUAAGAAAUGUGUCCCAUCCUGGAUGUAUCUCAAAAUGGAACUGUGAAACAUCUUGAGACAGGCCCUCCAUUGUUUGAAAUUGGAGACUCUGAUUUGUCAAGGUUAUUAGACAGACCACGACCGUUAAACAUAGAGAGGAAUAGAUCAUUUGAUGAGAGGUCCUUUGGUGAAAUGUCAAUGUCUUUAUCACCACCACGCCAUCUAAUUUACAGAAAUUCUGAUAACAUGUCGCGUGUUUUUGACCAAGUACUUGAGGGUGUGUAUUCUCCUGGGAGAAGGUCUGCCUCCAACACUCCUCGAUCAAGCAAUUGCUUUGAGGUACACCCCAUGGUAGCUGAAGCAUGGGAGGCCUUAAGGCGUUCAAUGGUUUACUUCCGUGGCAAACCAGUUGGGACGAUUGCUGCGUUGGAUCAUUCUGGAGAAGAACUCAACUAUGAUCAGGUUUUUGUAAGGGACUUUAUCCCAAGUGCAUUGGCAUUCUUAAUGAAUGGGGAACCAGAAAUAGUGAAGAACUUUAUUCUGAAAACCCUUCGCCUCCAAUCACGUGAGAAGAUGGUGGACGAAUUCAAGCUAGGCAAAGGAGUACUGCCAGCAAGUUUCAAAGUACUUCACGAUCCUGUGAGGAACUUUGAGACUAUAAUUGCUGAUUUUGGUGAAAGUGCUAUAGGCCGAGUUGCUCCUGUUGAUUCUGGUUUCUGGUGGAUCAUAUUACUUCGUGCAUAUACAAAGUCUACAGGGGACACUUCUUUGGCUGAAAUGCCCGAAUGCCAAAGGGGUAUGCGUCUUAUUCUGAACUUGUGUCUUUCUGAAGGCUUCGACACAUUCCCUACCCUCCUCUGUGCUGAUGGUUGCUGUAUGAUUGACCGUAGAAUGGGUGUGUAUGGGUAUCCAAUUGAAAUACAAGCUCUUUUCUUCAUGGCCUUAAGAUGUGCUUUGCUUCUACUCGACGAUGAAGGAACAGAGUUUGCCGAUCGAAUAGCCAAACGCCUCCAUGCUUUAAGCUAUCACAUGCGAAGUUACUUUUGGCUGGACAUAAAACAACUCAACGAUAUAUAUCGUUACAAGACAGAAGAGUACUCUCACACUGCAGUGAACAAGUUCAAUGUAAUGCCGGACUCUCUUCCCGACUGGGUGUUUGAUUUUAUGCCAAGCCGAGGUGGUUAUUUUAUUGGGAAUGUGAGUCCUGCGAGAAUGGAUUUUCGGUGGUUUUGUUUGGGUAAUUGUGUGGCGAUAUUGUCGUCUUUGGCAACACCUGAGCAAGCUUCGGCAAUCAUGGAUCUUAUUGAGUCACGGUGGGAAGAAUUGGUUGGAGAAAUGCCACUCAAGAUUUGCUAUCCGGCCAUGGAAAGUCAUGAAUGGAGGAUAGUAACUGGCUGUGAUCCAAAGAAUACAAGCUGGAGUUAUCACAAUGGAGGGUCUUGGCCAGUGCUCCUAUGGCUCCUCACAGCUGCAUGUAUCAAGACUGGACGACCCCAAAUUGCAAGGCGUGCCAUCGAACUUGCAGAGAGCCGUUUACUGAAAGACCAUUGGCCUGAAUACUAUGACGGAAAGCUCGGCCGAUAUAUGGGAAAGCAGGCCCGGAAGUUUCAGACAUGGUCUGUAGCUGGUUACUUGGUGGCGAAGAUGAUGCUCGAAGACCCGUCACACUUAGGUAUGAUAUCAUUCGAGGACGACAAACAGAUGAAGUCCCAUAUGAAAAGAUCAGCUUCAUGGAUGUUUUGAUGCCGUUUCAUUUCUACCCUCGAACUUGCCAGAUUCAUCUUAGUAUACGUUUUAGUCUGAUAAUGGUUUGUUUUGCGCAAACAAUCCGUAUUAACCCACUGUAUCAGUUGCUGGCACCUAAUAACCAUGCUAUUGGAUUUUGG